CUAAGCCAUUGAAACAUCAACUCAUGCUACGGUUUUGUUUGGAAACAUACAUAGAAACGGAAAUUUGUGUUGAUAUUCACAACUCUUGGACCAUGAUGGUACAGAAAAAAUAGAACAGAAAGACCCCGAUGGUUGAAUUACUUUAAGUUUUGUGGAAAACAAAAUGUCUUCGAAUACGAAUCCAUUUGGGGAACAGACGUACCACAUGAAAGAUGAGAUGGUCGCAGAUUUCUCCGAGGCCUUUGAAAUGUACGCGAAAGGGCGAGGCUACAUUCACCAGGACCUUUUAAAAGAAAUACUGGAACUAGUAGAACAGCCAAUGCCUGAGGACGAGAUUAGUGAUAUCAUUGAAACAAUGUGUAAAGGUAGUAAUAGAUUAGAUUUAGAGAGCUUCCUGCAAAUAAUGACCCACAAAAUGCGAUCCAGCGAUCCAAUUGAACAACUUCGAGACGCCUUCAAAGAGAUUGAUGCUGACGGGAGCGGAUCUAUAGACCGUGCUGAACUGAAAGAGAUGAUGAUGAAGAUGAUGUCAAACGACUACACAGAAGAGGAGAUUGAUUCGAUGAUCGACAAGGCAGAUUUGGACGGCGAUGGCGAGAUAGACUUUGAAGAAUUUGUAGCGAUGAUGAAUGAUGUCAAUGGAUAAAUUGGAUUUGCUUACAUCUUUUUCCAUAUCCUUCAAAAGAUGUUCUUCUAUUACUGGUGAUGAACUGAAAGGCUUCAAAAUUUAACUGACUGAAAGGAGAAACGUUAUACAUGAAUGAGUUCAAAUUGUUGUACGACUGUGGUUUGCAUGAGAAUAAAUGAAUCCGUCCACUCUUA